UGGGAAGAACGAAUUUCCGCCGGGCUUGCUCGCUCCACGCCGACAUGGGUCCCUUCCGGACGCUGCUUGCGCGGCCCCCAGGCUGCCCACUCCGGCUGCGCUCCGAGUACCCCCGGAUCGCCAGCAGGCAGGCGCCGGAGGUGUGGGCCUAGCGGCCGGUGCUCCGCAGCCAAGCCGCACCCCAGCAGCUCUUGGAAGGGAUCCCGCCUGCAGUGGGGGAAUCCGCUUGGCUGGGAGAAUCCGCGCCAGGGAAUCCAGCUCUCCGGACUCCAGAGCAAACAAAAAGCACCAACUCUUGCUCGCUCCUCCCGCCCCCGACGCUCACCCGAAGAAGCAGCUUUCUGCAGAAAUGCAACAAGUAGCACCCGGGACUCGCUGAGCUCCCAGCGCCUUCUGAUUUGGCUCCACGAGCUCGGCCUGCGGAGAUCCGGGCCAGCCACCCGGACAAAGGGCGGAGGAAGGGCUGGAUUAAGCCCCAGAGAAGUCCGAAAGAGGCCUUUUUAGAGACUCAGGCCCGGCCGAGGGGAAUGCAGAGGAGACACAGAGUCGGCCGGCCCAGAGGACGAUCCGGCCGCAGCGCGCUGGGCUGGCCGCGAUGGAGGGUGUGGGCGCCGUGCGCUUCUGGCUCGUGGUGUGCGGCUGCCUGGCGUUCCCGCCACCGGUCCAGUCCGUGUGCCCCGAGCGCUGCGACUGCCAGCACCCCCAGCAUCUCCUGUGCACCAACAGGGGGCUUCGCGCGGUGCCCAAGACCAGCUCACUGCCCAGUCCUCAGGACGUGCUCACCUACAGCCUAGGCGGCAACUUCAUCACCAACAUCACCGCCUUCGACUUCCACCGCCUGGGGCAGCUCAGACGGCUGGAUCUGCAGUACAACCAGAUCCGCUCUCUGCACCCCAAGACCUUCGAGAAGCUCUCGCGACUAGAGGAGCUGUACCUGGGGAACAACCUCUUGCAGGCGCUCGCUCCUGGCACAUUGGCCCCGCUGCGCAAGUUGCGCAUCCUUUACGCCAACGGUAACGAGAUUGGACGUCUGAGCCGCGGCUCCUUCGAGGGCCUGGAGAGUCUAGUCAAGCUACGGCUGGACGGGAACGUGCUGGGAGCGCUGCCGGAUGCGGUCUUCGCUCCACUGGGCAACCUGCUCUACCUACAUCUGGAGUCUAACCGGAUCCGCUUUUUGGGUAAGAACGCCUUCACCCAGCUGGGUAAGCUUCGAUUUCUCAAUCUCUCUGCCAACGAGCUGCAGCCCUCUCUGCGCCAUGCGGCCACCUUUGUCCCACUGCGCUCCCUCUCUACUCUCAUCCUCUCUGCCAACAGCCUGCAGCACCUCGGUCCCCGUGUCUUCCAGCACCUGCCACGCCUAGGCCUGCUCUCCCUCAGCGGCAACCAGCUCACGCACCUCGCCCCAGAGGCCUUCUGGGGGCUGGAGGCCUUGCGCGAGCUGCGCCUGGAAGGCAACCGGCUGAACCAGCUCCCCCUGGCACUGCUGGAGCCUCUGCACAGCUUGGAGGCACUAGAUCUGAGUGGCAAUGAACUUUCUGCUCUGCACCCCGCCACCUUUGGCCACCAGGGCCGGCUACGUGAGCUCAGCCUGCGCGACAACGCGCUCAGCGCCCUUUCUGGAGACAUCUUCGCCGCUAGUCCGGCUCUCUACCGGCUAGAUCUAGACGGCAACGGUUGGACCUGCGACUGUCAUUUGCGGGGUCUGAAACGCUGGAUGGGCAACUGGCAUUCUCAGGGUCGCCUCCUUACCGUCUUCGUGCAGUGUCGCCACCCCCCGGCCCUGCGGGGCAAGUACCUGGAUUACCUGGAUGACCAACUGCUGCAGAACGGAUCGUGCGUGGAUCCCUCACCUUCCCCUACAGCAGGCAGUAGGCAGUGGCCGCUACCCACGGCCUCGGGGGAGGGGAUGACGCCCCCUGCAGGUCUCUCGCAGGAGCUACCACUGCAGCCUCAGCCCCAGCCCCAGCAGCGGGGGAGACUUCUACCAGGAGUGGCCUGGGGUGGGGCUGCCAAGGAGCUGGUGGGCAACCGCAGUGCAUUAAGGUUGAGCCGGCGGGGUCCAGGCCUGCAGCAUCAGGGCCCCUCUGCCGCUGCUGCUCCGGGUUCUGCCCCACAGUCCUUGGACCUGCAGGAGAAGCCGGAGCGAGGACGUCCCACCCGAGCCAAUCUCCCCCAGAUGGAGCCCACCCCGACGUCUGAGCCCGCCUCGGGGACACCAUCUGCCAGAGACAGCUGGCAGCGCGCGGCAAAGCAGCGCCUAGCGUCAGAGCAGCAAGAUCGCACAGUUCAGUCCGAAAGUGGGGUCGGCUUGGCACCUCUGGUGUCUGACCCCUGUGACUUCAACAAAUUCAUUUUGUGCAACCUGACGGUAGAGGCGGUGAGCGCCAACAGCGCCUCGGUGCGCUGGGCGGUUCGCGAGCACCGCAGUCCCCGGCCGCAGGGCGGCGCACGCUUCCGCCUGCUUUUUGACCGCUUUGGCCAGCAGCCCAAGUUCCAGCGCUUCGUCUACCUGCCCGAGCGCAGCGACUCGGCCACGCUGCACGAGCUGCGCGGAGACACCCCCUACCUAGUGUGCGUGGAGGGCGUGCUCGGGGGUCGCGUUUGCCCCGUGGCUCCCCGAGACCACUGCGCAGGAUUGGUAACCCUGCCAGAGGCAGGAGGUCGAAGCGGCGUCGACUACCAGCUCCUGACCUUGGUCUUGCUGGCUGUCAACGCACUGCUGGUGCUCCUGGCUCUGGCGGCCUGGGGAUCGCGAUGGCUGCGGAGGAAGCUGCGUGCCAGGCGGAAGGGAGGGGCCCCGGUCCACGUUCGCCACAUGUACUCCACUCGACGGCCACUGCGUUCCAUGGGCACUGGUGUGUCCGCGGACUUCUCCGGCUUCCAGUCUCACCGUCCCCGCACCACCGUGUGCGCGCUGAGCGAGGCGGACCUCAUUGAGUUCCCCUGCGACCGCUUUAUGGACAGCUCUGGCGGUGGGACCGGUGGCAGCUUGAGGCGAGAGGACCACCUCUUGCAGAGAUUUGCUGACUAGGCAGUGCUUCCGGGAUCUCACUGGCCUUGAGGAGCCACUCUCCUUGGUCCCAUGCCUUCUCGGAGGAAGAACUAGUUUUAUUAGAGCCGCUCUUUCUCCCUUAACUGCAUUUGCUGAAGCUAAGAGGUACUGACAGUGAAUCUAGAUGGCUAGCCUUCACGUCCUAGUACUCAUAAAGCAAAUGGAUGGCUCUUGGUGGUCUAACCCAAAAGUGGGGACAAAUGAAUGAUGGGGUAAAAAUGGGAAGCCUUGACACACUUAGUGCAUGGCUCCUGUGACAUUUCAGCACAGUAGCUGACUGAGCUAGAAAGGGUGCUUUAUGCUCCCAGUGUGACCAGAAGAUUCGUUUCAGAACUUCGUGACAGAAGUUCUGUUUCUAGUUAAGAAAACGGGGACUUACCACCAUCACAAAGGGGGACCAGUAACUGACUCCACUGAUUUGGUGGGUUCUGCCAAGAUAGGCGGGGUAAACAGGUCCCACUCUCACCCAGGAACCCUUUUCUGUUGCCUGGUAGAGCACCUCGGAAGCUUUAAGGCUUAAAUAAGUAAAAGCUACCUGUGUCAACAAUAUGAAGAGAAUUUAACAAACUGACCAAUAAACUCAAAGGCUCUUUUGGUUGGACUGGACCCCCUUCUACUGUUUCUCUAGUUCAGGAGAUGACCUUUUGCCGACCUUUGGGUAACUGAUACUGUCCUCGGGAGAAGGCAGCAUUUAAUACUUCUCCACCAGGCUUGCGCCUGUGGUUUUAAUUUUAUUUUUUAAAAAUCUAUACGUGGAAAAAUUAAAUGCCAGAUUUGAUUUUUUUAAAAGAAAAAAGAACGGGAUAUGUAUGUGUGCAUGAAACUGGUGACUCCCUAGGGCACCGCAGCCUUCCAGUUCACUUGCCACAUUUCUGAUAGCAUGUCUUGAUGGAUGUGAAUGUGACCUAAAUCUCAUGACAGUUCAGCAGCCCCUUCCCUCUUGACAGCAUCUAUUUCUUAGUUGCAUAAGGCUUGUGGGGGUGGGGUAAGCUCAGUGGUGGAGCUUGCUUGUGAGGCUCUGAGUUCACCCCAACAAAGCAAAGCAAUGGGGGAUUAUCUGUUAGUCGUGUAAUCUCUGACCACAUCACUGUCGUCCUUUAUAAGAAAUGGAAAAGGAGAAGAAAUUGUAGGAAACAAAUGUGAAAAAAAAAAAACCCACAGUAGUGAAUAUGUGUUUCAUAAACCCAGAAGACCAUGAACACUCCAACUGUCACUGUGAAAUAAUUAUAUACUUUACAGAUUCAUUCUUCCAGUAGCCAGUGUUUUACUGUGGUAUUAAGCCCUAUCUUUUAGUAGUAGAUGCAGCGUUUUUUUUUUUUUUUUUUCUUUUUAUGUUUUAUUUUAAAUUUAGGAUUAGCCUCCUGUAUUUGUUUAGUUGUGAUUUUAGCUGUUUGGAAUACUGUUCUUCCCCGAUAUUUAUGAAGUCCAUGUUUAUAGUUAAAUGUAGUGGCUGGGUUCACAUUAAUAAUUCGUGUGUGGUCCACAUACACUCACUAAGAGGAUGUACACUGUGGUACAGUCACCGUGGUUAUGGAUUUAUUAGCAGUGGGGUACCGUGCAGGUCAGCCAGUUCAAGGUGCUAUGGCUAACAGUGACUCUUGUGUUCCAGGCCUCAGGCCCCUGAGGGUCCCAAUGACUCAGGGAAUCCAUCACAGUCCAGGGCCCUUCAAUCCGAUCAUUCUUUAGGUUUGGUGUACAUGAGCCUUGUCCCAGCAGCUGAGGACCUGAGGGUCUAAAUGAGCUGGUCUUUGUUUAUGUCCAGGAUGAGAAAACUGUCCAGACCACUUAAGCCGCAGCUGCUCCUCUGGCAGCCUUAUCUGCAGGGACGAAACUUAAUAAACCACAGGAAAUAGACUGUCAUUCUGUGUCUGCUGCCAGCCUCAUUUUGGAUCCAGAGUGUACGGUACGCGGGAGCUGGGGCUGUUCGUUCUUAUUUUCAACCUGCAGGCUAUCUGGCACCUCCUGCAGAACUUGCAGUUUUUUUUUCAUGCACAGCACAGUUGCAUCUCUUAGCUGUUUCAUUACGCGGUGGUGUAAAACUGAGACCUGUUGAAAGUCUGGAGAAGACCACUGAGUAUCCUUACCAUCUGCCUUUCCCAACUGUGGACUGUCGCCAAAAAUGUUUAAUCCCUGGACUUAAAGCAGUCUCCCUGAAAAGUCUUUCAGUGAGAAAUGGACAAAUGUUAUACAUGGUUACAGUCAAUUAUGUCAAUAAACCCACAUACUAAUAAAGGUGUCUUGUCAGAGCUUCCAAA